UGGCUCCACUGCAUUAAACAAUCGAUCACCUCGCCAUUCCGCAUUCAGAGCUCGCCCGAGUUAGACGCGUUUGUGAAAUCUAGAGUUUUUUAUUUAGUAAAUUCGUGCUUCGUGUUGAAUAUAUUCGUGAUGUCUGGACGACGAUCGGGUACUGGAAGAACUGGCCCGGCCUAUAACUCCCGAGCGAGUACUGGGGGUCCUAAUAGGCACUACAACGAUGGCAAUCGUUAUAAUAAUACUAGGAGUAACUCAAACUACAACCAGCAGGAACAGCAACAACAGAACAAUCAGCAGCAAUAUCCACUUGCUCAAGCACAAGCUCGCAAUCAAAAUACAUACAACAAACCGGUUGAAGUAAAAGAAGAAAUAAAACCGGAAGUAAUGCCAUCACCUCAACCACAACGUCAAGCUCCAACUCCAGUUCCAGCGCCAGCUCCUGUUGCUACAACUCCCACCAAAGUAAAGGCAGAUGAACCCCCCGCGCAAGAGCCCGUUCAGAAACCAGAAGCAAUGCAAGAAGAUGGUGGAGAUGGUGAUAACGAUAAAAAGCCAUGGAAGAAAAACAAAUUGAAUAAAGUGAAAAAACUCAGCAACAGCGAAAGAAGAAAUCGUCAAAACAAACGGCUCAGAAAACUAUUAACUCCUAAAAAUGCUUUGAUGGUAUUGAAUGAGUUACAUGGACCUAAUGUUCCCGAAUUCAAAUUAGGCCAAACGGUUGCUCAGGCAUUUGCACAGGGAAACCAAUACAAAGCUGAGGUUGUUGUUAAUGGAUCGACUUACCAAGGACAAGGAAUUUCUAAGAUAAUGGCCAAGAAUAACGCUGCAGAGAAGGCUUUGCGCGAUUUAGUUUUGGAUAGAAUGAGGAAGGAAAUAGUUCCAGAAACAACAACCGAUGAAGAUGUCGAAAUGACUGAGGGUGAUGAAAAGCCUAAUGGAAAUGCUAAGGAGACCCAAAUUCCUAUGUUGCAUUUGGCUUCUUUUGCAUUGCAUAAACUGUUUUCGGAAUGGCAAGCUGAAGGUUAUGACAUUCCUUUGAUGUCCAAAAAUCUUACUGGCUCCACGGUCAAUGGAAAUGACGCCGCAGCUGCUAUGAAAUUUAUAGGAGACAUUCUCAAUAAUCCUAAAGAUCUGGCUGAAGUGCAACAACAACCUGCUGCUGAUGCUGGAGACGGAAAAGUCGAUAAUGGUCCCAAAAAGCUGCCGAAAAUGCGCACCGAGUUGCCCCCAAAUCCUGAGGCUCUUCAUCCUGCCAUGCUUCUUAGCCAAAUGCGUCCUGGUAUUACUUAUUGUGAUGUUAGCACAUACGAUGGCAUUAGCCCUAACAAUGGAAUGUUCACUGUUAGUGUCAGUGUGGACGGAAAAGAUUUCUUCGGUGCAGCCAAAAAUAAAAAAGAGGCCCGCAGACAAGCCGCUCAACAAGCGUGCACAAGCCUCUUUGGAGUAAAAUAUCCUGCCGCUGAAAUGAUUGUGGAAUAAUUCCUAUUUUAUUUGGGUGUAAUGAAUUAUAAAUAAUUUUAUUGUAAUAGGAUAUUUUACAUUACAUGACAUCUAUUCAUGAUAGCAAUAUUUCUUCACCAUUGAGAGUA